GUACUUAAAAUUGCAUUCCAUCUUCACCUGUUGCUAUCUUUGAAACAUCGUUGACAGCCAAGUUUGCAAAAUGGGUUCGAAAGCAAUUGUUUACCUUGGCCUUUUGUUGGCCACUCUUGUUCUAAUUACCUCCGGGGUAACUGCCAGGGAGUUGGCUGAGACUUCCACCUCCGAGGAAACUACUCAAACUGCUAAACAGGCAAAGGGAGUAGAGGAAGCCAAGUAUCCAGGCGGAGGGUACGGUGGAUAUCCAGGCGGAGGGUACGGUGGAGGCCCAGGCGGCGGAUACGGAGGAGGCCCCGGCGGCGGAUAUGGAGGAUAUCCCGGAGGCGGGUACGGAGGAGGCCGGGGUGGCGGAUACGGAGGAGGAGGGGGUUGUCGUUAUAGGUGCUGCCAACGUGGUUAUUAUGGAGGGUGUAGGAGGUGUUGUUCUUAUGAAGAGGCCAUGGAAAAAGGGAACUGAUCAUAUAUGUACACAGAUAGCCUUGCUAUGAUCUUUGUGCAAUGUGUCUGUGUGAGUAUAAAAGUACUACG